AUGUCACUGCGUUAUGCUUCAAGCUCCUCAGGCUGCAUUGAAAUGAAGUUUCACGAGGUGUCUUCAAUGGCUUUUACGAUGGUACUUUCAACAGAAGCAAAUGCACAGAUAUCAGGGGCUUGCUGGAGCUUUUUGAAGCCACACAUGCAUUUAGCGGACGAAGGUGAAGCUAUCCUGGAUAAGGCUCAAGCUUUUUCAACUAGAAGUUUAGAAAGUACCAUUGAAAGCGACCUUGCAAAACAAGUGGUGCAUGUUUUAGAACUUCCUUCUUGUGGUUUGAUGUCCAAUGGCACAUCAACACAUGUGGUUACUAGUCAGUCUUGCAGCUUGGCCAAAGAUAAGUUGAGGAGUGACGAGAAGCUUAUUAGCUGGUCUAAACCAUCAGGAAAGUGGGCUCGUGUCAAUACAGAUGGGACUAAAAUGGAAGCCAUCUAUGGUCUAUGUUUAGCAUGGCAGCAAGGAUUCCAAUUGGUGGAGUUAGAAAUGGAUUCAGCUCUGUUGGUCUAUGCACCUAAGGUUCUCACGAGUCUUAAUUUGAUUAGGACACUUUUUCUAGAGCGAUUUUGGUGA